AUGUUCAGCUUUGUGGAUUCAAGGACUGUUCUGCUACUUGUAGCAUCCCAAGUUGUUUUACUAUCCAUGGUCAGAUGUCAGGAAGAGGACGACCAGGAGAUAGGCGGCUGCAUCCAGGACGGCCAUCAGUAUAAUGAUAAGGAUGUGUGGAAGCCCGAGCCGUGUCGUAUCUGUGUGUGUGACAGCGGAGCAGUUCUGUGUGAUGAGAUAAUCUGCGAGGAGAUCAAAGAAUGUGCCAACCCUAUCAUCCCAUCCGGAGAGUGCUGUCCCAUCUGCCCGGCUGAUGCCACUGCCCCUAUUGAGACAAUUGGUGCUAAGGGCCAGAAAGGUGAACCAGGAGAGAUCGCAGAUGUUGUAGGACCAAAAGGACCACCAGGCCCUAUGGGCCCCCCAGGUGAGCAGGGACCACGUGGAGAAGCUGGCGCUAAGGGUGAUAGGGGAAAUCCUGGACCUCGAGGAAGAGAUGGUGAGCCUGGCACCCCUGGAAACCCCGGACCCCCUGGCCCACCUGGCCCACCAGGACUUGGAGGGAACUUUGCUGCUCAGUUGGCUGGAGGUUUUGAUGAGAAGGCUGGAGGUGCUCAGAUGGGUGUGAUGCAAGGACCAAUGGGUCCCAUGGGUCCUCGUGGUCCCCCCGGACCUUCUGGAGCUCCUGGCCCACAGGGUUUCCAGGGUGGCCCUGGAGAGGCUGGAGAGCCUGGACCUGCUGGUGCAAUGGGACCUCGUGGACCACCUGGACCUUCUGGAAAACCUGGAAAUGAUGGUGAGGCUGGCAAACCUGGAAAAGCUGGUGAGCGUGGGCCUGCAGGGCCUCAGGGUGCUCGUGGAUUCCCUGGAACUCCUGGUCUCCCUGGAAUUAAAGGACACAGAGGUCAUCCUGGUCUUGAUGGAGCUAAGGGAGAAACUGGCGCUGCAGGAGCCAAGGGUGAGUCUGGUGCUGCUGGAGAGAAUGGUGCCCCUGGACCAAUGGGCCCACGUGGUCUGCCUGGUGAGAGAGGACGUCCAGGAGCUGCUGGAGCUGCAGGUGCCCGUGGAAAUGAUGGUUUGCCUGGUCCUGCUGGUCCUCCUGGACCUGUUGGCCCUGCUGGAGCUCCAGGUUUCCCAGGAUCUCCUGGAGCCAAGGGAGAGGCUGGCCCUACCGGAGCCCGUGGAUCUGAAGGAGCACAGGGACCCCGUGGAGAGGCUGGCACCCCAGGAUCUCCUGGACCUGCUGGAGCAUCGGGUAACCCUGGUACUGAUGGUAUUCCUGGAGCUAAAGGAUCUGCUGGUGCUCCUGGCAUUGCUGGCGCUCCUGGAUUCCCAGGCCCCCGCGGCCCACCUGGACCACAGGGAGCUACAGGACCUUUGGGACCAAAGGGAACAUCUGGAGACCCUGGUCUUCCUGGAUUGAAAGGUGAAGCUGGACCCAAGGGAGAGCUUGGCCCUGCUGGGCCUCAAGGUGCCCCUGGCCCUGCAGGAGAGGAAGGAAAGAGAGGUGCCCGAGGAGAGCCUGGAGCUGCUGGACCACUUGGACCUCCAGGAGAGAGAGGAGCUCCUGGUAACCGUGGUUUCCCAGGUCAGGAUGGACUGGCUGGUGCUAAGGGUGCCCCUGGUGACCGUGGUGUUCCUGGUGCUGCUGGGCCUAAAGGUGCUACUGGAGACCCUGGAAGAACAGGAGAGCCCGGUCUCCCCGGAGCCAGAGGUCUUACUGGCCGUCCUGGAGAUGCUGGUCCUCAAGGCAAAGUUGGGCCUUCUGGUGCUGCUGGUGAGGACGGUCGCCCCGGCCCACCUGGUCCUCAGGGAGCCCGUGGACAACCUGGAGUGAUGGGAUUCCCUGGACCAAAGGGAGCCAAUGGUGAACCCGGAAAGCCAGGAGAGAAGGGUCUUGUGGGUCGUCCUGGUCUGAGAGGUCUGGCUGGAAAAGAUGGUGAGACUGGUGCUGCUGGACCUCCUGGCCCUGCUGGACCUGCUGGAGAGAGAGGAGAGCAGGGACAGCCUGGACCCUCUGGCUUCCAGGGUCUGCCUGGACCAACUGGUGCCCCAGGAGAGGGUGGAAAACCUGGAGACCAGGGUGUUCCCGGAGAGGCUGGAGCUCCUGGUGCUGUUGGGCCAAGAGGUGAGCGUGGUUUCCCAGGCGAGAGGGGUGGUGCUGGAGCUCAGGGUCUACAGGGACCUCGUGGACUUCCUGGAACACCUGGAUCUGAUGGACCAAAGGGAGCUAUUGGACCAGCUGGUGCUCCUGGAUCUCAGGGACCCCCCGGCCUGCAGGGAAUGCCUGGAGAGAGGGGAGCUGGUGGUAUCCCUGGACCAAAAGGAGACAGAGGUGACAAUGGAGCAAAGGGACCUGAGGGUGCUCCUGGAAAGGAUGGCUCUAGAGGUUUGACUGGUCCAAUUGGUCCUCCUGGCCCAUCUGGACCCAACGGCGCCAAGGGUGAGACUGGACUCUCUGGACCUAAUGGUGCUCCUGGUGCUCGUGGUGCUCCUGGUGACCGUGGUGAGGUCGGUCCUCCUGGGCCUGCUGGUUUUGCUGGACCUCCUGGUGCAGAUGGUCAGCCUGGCGCUAAGGGAGAGGUCGGUGAAGCUGGACAGAAAGGAGAGGGUGGUGCUCCUGGACCCCAGGGACCAUCUGGAGCUCCUGGACCUGUGGGACCAACUGGUGUAACUGGACCUAAAGGAGCUCGUGGUGCUCAGGGAGCUCCUGGUGCUACUGGAUUCCCUGGUGCUGCUGGCAGAGUUGGAUCUCCUGGACCUAAUGGUAAUCCUGGCGCUGUUGGCCCUGCUGGUCCUGCAGGUAAAGAUGGGCCUAAGGGUGCUCGUGGUGAUGCUGGUCCUCCAGGAAGACAGGGAGAUGCUGGGCUUCGUGGACUUGCUGGUGCCCCAGGAGAGAAAGGAGAGCCUGGAGAAGAUGGACCACCUGGUGCUGAUGGGCCUUCAGGUCCUCAGGGUUUGGCUGGGUCUCGUGGUAUUGUUGGUCUGCCUGGUCAGCGUGGAGAGAGAGGUUUCCCUGGUCUUCCUGGACCUUCUGGAGAACCUGGUAAACAAGGAGCAUCUGGUUCUGCGGGAGACCGUGGACCUCCUGGACCUGUUGGACCCCCUGGACUGACCGGACCUGCUGGAGAGCCUGGAAGAGAGGGCACCCCUGGAUCAGAUGGACCCCCUGGUAGAGAUGGAGCCACAGGAGUCAAGGGAGAGCGUGGUAACACCGGUCCUGCUGGUGCCCCCGGAGCUCCUGGUGCCCCUGGUGCCCCUGGACCUGUUGGACCCCUUGGAAAGCAGGGAGACAGAGGAGAGGCUGGUGCUCAGGGACCUGCAGGACCCCCAGGAUCUGCUGGAGCCAGAGGAAUGGCUGGACCCCAAGGGCCCCGUGGAGACAAGGGAGAGGCUGGUGAGACUGGAGAGAGAGGACAGAAGGGUCACCGUGGUUUCACUGGUCUGCAGGGUCUUCCUGGUCCUCCUGGUCCCGCUGGAGAUGCUGGUGCUGCCGGACCUGCUGGACCUCCUGGAGCUAAGGGACCAUCUGGACCCACUGGACCCGCUGGCAAAGAUGGAGCAAAUGGACAAUCUGGCCCCAUCGGCCCCCCUGGACCUCGUGGACGUUCUGGAGAAUCUGGUCCCCCUGGGCCCCCUGGUAAUGCUGGACCUCCCGGUCCUCCUGGUCCUCCUGGCCCUGGCAUCGACAUGUCCGCUUUUGCCGGUCUGGGUCAGACUGAGAAGUCUCCUGAUCCUCUCAGGUACAUGAGGGCUGAUGAGGCCUCCAGCUCCUUGAGGCAACACGACGUGGAAGUGGACUCCACUCUUAAGUCUCUGAACAGUCAGAUUGAGAACCUGCGCAGCCCCGACGGCAGCCAGAAGAACCCCGCUCGCACCUGCAGAGACCUGAAACUGUGCCACCCUGAGUGGAAGAGCGGUGACUACUGGGUGGAUCCUAACAUUGGCAGCACAGCUGAUGCAAUCAAGGUCUUCUGUAACAUGGAGACUGGAGAGACCUGCGUCUACCCAAGCAUCGCCAAGGUACCUCAGAAGAACUGGUGGACCAGCAAGAGCAAGGACCGCAAACAUGUCUGGUUUGGAGAGACCAUGAAUGGAGGAUUCCACUUCAGCUAUGCUGAGGAUGGCCCUGCUGCCAACGCUGCCAGCGUCCAGCUGACCUUCCUGAGGCUUCUGUCCACUGAAGCUUCCCAGAACAUCACUUACCACUGCAAGAACAGCGUUGCCUACAUGGACCAGGCCACAGGCAACCUGAAGAAGGCUGUGCUGCUGCAGGGCUCCAACGACGUGGAGAUCCGCGCAGAGGGCAACAGCCGCUUCACAUACAGCGUGUCUGAGGAUGGCUGCAAGAAACACACAGGCCGGUGGGGCAAGACUGUCUUCCAGUACAAAACACAGAAAACCUCCCGUCUGCCAAUCGUGGACAUUGCUCCUAUGGACAUCGGAGGAGCAGAUCAGGAGUUCGGAGUGGAUGUAGGCGCAGUCUGCUUCUUGUAAAGUGGAAUAUCACAAUGGCCCCCCAAAAGAACACAGGAAAUAAAUAAACUCAACCAUGAAACACUACACACAUACACACACUUCCACAAUAAAGACAACUGGAAAUUAGAAAAGAAAAUUGAUACUUUUUCUCUCACAACGAAGUGCUCUCCAAGUCGUAUUCCCUGGAUGUUAGCACUGAAGGGCACCGGCAAUAUCUGUACACCACACCAGCAUUCUCUGUCAACCCGCUUCCUGAGAUCCAGUCAUGUUUCCCAUGGCCCGACGUUGACGGGAAUGAGUCCGAGCCAGGAGGAAGAGGGACCGAGCGAACAAGUUAUGGAGAACAGAAACAUGACUUGAUGUCACUUAUUUAUUGUCUAACCUAAAUGGGCAGAGUUGAGGUAGGACUGGACGGGUUCACUUUGUAAGUAAGACAAG